UGAAAAGACGGAAAGAUUGGCCGCUGAUGUUACAGCUAUUAGAAAUUGGCUCCAAAAACAGCCGCAUUUACACAAAGUCAGUCCACGAGUUUGUGUAAAGCGCCAUCUAGUUUGCUAUCUGUAAAUUGUUUCAUUUCCACCACGGUGAACAAUAUAACUGGUGGACACCAGUUACAUUGUUCUUCUUUUAAAAUAAUAGUGAUACAUCAGCUUUCCAACAGAUGUCAGCACUUCCAAAUACUUCACAGCUAAGCCGAUCAAAUAAUAGUGUCCUUUUUACGAGGAAAUAAGUUCAGCCUUGAAAGGACAAAAGAAAAACUCGACAUGAGUUACACGCUACGUACUGUGGUACCUGAAUUAUUUCAAAAAAGGGACCCCUUAGAUCCAAAGUUGAAUGAAAUAUUAAAAAGGGGUUUUUCGUUACCAUUGAAUACAGUGAAGAAAGGUAGUGGUCGUCCAGUACUAUUGCGAUAUGGUUUUCCAGAUGGAAAGCUAUUUCCAGUUGAGGAUCUAAUGAAAAUUUGUUACAUGGUGAUUGAGAUAUUAAUGCAAGAAGAUGACAAUUUUAUAGUCGUUGGGGAGGAAGCUAUUGUAGAUUUAAAGGAUAUCAGUUUAGCUGCAAUCGGUCAAUGGACACCAGCAUUAGCGAAGAAAGUUAUAACAUCUUUCGAGAAGGCUCUCCCAGUUCGCGUCAAGAAUAUGCACUUGCUCAACCCUCCGCCCGGAUUUGAAACUAUGUUUGCCUUUAUAAAAUCGUUUAUGAGCGACAAGUUGAAGAAGAGGAUCCAUCUUCAUAAUCCACCGUACGAAAAUUUUCACAAAGAAUUUUCACAAGAGGCUCUACCCGUUGAAUACGGUGGAAAGAACGGGACCAUACAAGAACUUACGGAUUACUGGAAAGCUAAAGUGGAAAGCUACCGCGACUGGUUCCUCGCUGAGGAAAGCAUUCGGUCAGACGAGUCUAGACGCCCAGAGAAACCGAAGACUGCAUCUUCACUGUUCGGACUUGAAGGCUCCUUCCGAAAACUGGAUGUUGACUAAGUUAAUUAGAUUUAUUCAUUAAUUUUGUUGAUAAGAAAAAAAUACUAGCAGUUUAAAAUAAAUUCAAUUCAUUGUAUAGAUUAUAAUUGAUACUAGAUAGGUAUCUAAUAUUUAAUACGUUAUUUUCUUGUAUUUACUUUUCUAAUUGUAAGCUAUUGUUAAUGUAUUUGGUAACAACCAAGAACCAAGAUGACAAUUUUCUAAUAAAGUGGUAAAAUAUUA